CAUUAGUCUCUGCUUCCUCUGUUUCUAAAUACUUGAAGGGAGUACUACAGUUUGGCGGACUCUUAGAAAAUGUUCUCUAACACAGAAGCGCCUCCAACGGAGUCUUGUGCUGCUACUGCUAUUACUGAACGUUGACCAUCUGGCAGUGAUGGCCGGGAGUAGCAUCCCCGGCGGCGGCGGCGGCCUACCGCUGUUCACGACGGAGAAGCCGAAGCGGAUGGCGGCGUACCGGCUGUUCUCAGGCACCAUCUUCGCGGGGAUCCUGCUCAUAUGGCUGUACAGAGCCACCCACAUGCCGCCGAGGCAUAGCAGUGGCUUGGGGUGGCGGGCGUGGCUCGGGCUGCUCGUGGCGGAGCUCUGGUUCGGCCUCUACUGGGUCCUCACCCUCUCCGUGCGGUGGAACCCCAUCCGCCGAACCACCUUCAAAUACCGCCUCUCGGAAAGCUAUGAUGAGGACCAGCUUCCAGGCGUGGACAUAUUUGUGUGUACAGCAGACCCAGCUCUUGAACCACCGAUGCUUGUCAUCUCCACUGUUCUAUCUGUUAUGGCUUAUGACUACCCGCCGGAGAAGCUAAACAUCUAUUUGUCUGAUGAUGCUGGUUCCGCUGUAACAUUCUAUGCUCUCUAUGAGGCAUCUGAGUUUGCAAAGAACUGGAUUCCAUUUUGCAAAAAUUACAAGGUGGAGCCAAGGUCACCAGCUGCCUACUUUGCCAAUAUAGCUACACCUCAUGAUGCUUGUAGCCCUGAAGAGUUAUGCCGCAUGAAGGAGCUGUACGAAGAUCUGACUGAUCGCGUGAACUCGGUAGUAAAAUCAGGCAAGAUUCCUGAGGUUGCAGAGUGCAGUUGCAGAGGCUUCUCUGAAUGGAAUGGGGCGAUAACUUCUGGUGCUCACCCUGCAAUAGUCCAGAUUCUAAUUGAUAGAAACAAACGGAAGGCAGUUGAUAUAGAUGGAAAUGCAUUGCCAAAACUUGUGUAUAUGACACGUGAGAAGAUACCUCAGGAACAACAUCACUUCAAAGCUGGAUCAUUGAAUGCUUUGAUAAGGGUAUCUUCGGUGAUAAGCAACAGCCCAAUCAUUAUGAAUGUUGAUUGUGAUAUGUACUCCAACAAUUCAGAGUCCAUCAGGGAUGCAUUGUGUUUCUUCCUAGACAAAGAGCAAGGUCGAGAUAUUGGUUUUGUGCAGUACCCUCAGAACUUCGAUAACGUUGUGCACAAUGACAUAUAUGGCAAUCCCAUCAAUGUUGCCAAUGAGUUGGAUCACCCUUGCUUGGAUGGAUGGGGAGGUAUGUGUUACUAUGGCACUGGAUGCUUCCAUCGGAGAGAGACCCUAUGUGGACGAAUGUUUAGUAAAGAUUACAAGGAAGAUUGGGCUAGUGGGGUGGGGAAAGCAGAAGAUGCCAAUGAGUUGGAAGGAGUAUCGAAGCCACUUGUGGCAUGCACAUAUGAGCACGACACCCUCUGGGGGAUUGAGAAGGGAGUUACAUAUGGGUGCCCACUUGAGGAUGUCAUCACAGGAUUGAAGAUCCAAUGCCGUGGAUGGAGAUCGGUGUACUACAACCCGACAAGAAAAGGCUUCUUAGGCAUGGCCCCCACCUCACUAGGCCAGAUCUUGGUUCAGCAGAAGAGAUGGUCAGAAGGGUUCCUCCAAAUCUCCCUCUCGAAAUACAGCCCCUUCUUAUUAGGCCUUGGUAAGAUCAAGCUGGGGCUUCAAAUGGGUUACUCAGUCUGCGGCUUCUGGGCCCUGAAUAGCUUCCCCACCUUAUACUAUGUCACCAUCCCUUCACUUUGCUUCCUCAGUGGCGUCUCUGUUUUCCCUGAGAUAACUAGCCUAUGGUGCAUUCCCUACAUAUACGUCUUGGUGGCUGCAUACUCCUGCAGCCUAGUAGAGUCUCUGCAAUGCGGUGACAGUGCGGUAGAGUGGUGGAACGCACAGAGGAUGUGGCUCAUCAGAAGGAUCACCUCAUAUCUCCUGGCAUCCAUCGACGUGAUCUGCGGAAUGCUUGGCCUCUCCGAGUUCGGGUUCGACCUGACAACAAAGGUAAGCGACUCGCAGGCUCUGGAGAGGUACAAGAAGGGGAAGAUGGAGUUCGGGUCCAUCUCGGCGAUGUUCGUGAUCAUCUGCACGAUCGCACUACUCAACCUGGUGUGCAUGGUGCUCGGACUGGGCAGAGUUUUCUGGCGCGAAGGUGCAGAGGGUUUGGGACCAUUGUUUCUCCAGGCUGCUCUCUGCACGGCGGUAGUGGCCAUCAAUUACCCGGUCUAUGAGGCGCUCUUCCUCCGCAGGGACGACGGCCGCUUGCCUGUUUUCAUCAUUCCAAUUGCCCUUUGCUUUGUGUCGUCGCUUUGCAUACAGGCUAUGUAAAUGGAUUCGGUGCUGGAACUAUAAACGAAUAUGUAUUCAAGCCUUUUUUUAGGGACGUUUUGAAACAAAGCUUGCAAGUGGUGCCAAGAGUGAGAUUAACAGCUAUGCAAGUAUAAAAGUUUCGGAAAA